AUGCGGCGCAAAUGGGCUCCGCAGUUACCCCGAUGCGAGGUUCCGGCGCUAACAGUUCACGAGUACAAUGGCUCUCUGCCUAACGGGGACCGAGGCCGACGUAAGAGCCGCUUUGCACUUGGUAAGAGACCGAAGGCAAACGGGGUGAAACCCAGCACAAUUCACAUCGCCUGCUCUCCACAGGCAGCCAAGGCCAUAAGCAACAAAGACCAGCACAGCAUCUCUUACACUCUCUCUCGAGUCCAGACGGUGGUGGUGGAGUACACGCACGACAGCAAUACAGACAUGUACCAGAUUGGUCGAUCCACAGAGAGUCCGAUAGACUUCGUAGUGACGGACACGGUGGCGGGCAGUCAGAGUAACGCAGACACGCAGUCGGUCCAGAGCACCAUCUCCCGCUUCGCCUGCCGCAUCAUGUGCCAGCGCACGCCGCCUUACACCGCACGCAUCUACGCCGCCGGCUUCGACUCCUCCAAGAACAUUUUCCUCGGGGAGAAGGCCGCUAAAUGGAAGACGCCUGAUGCUCAAAUGGACGGCCUCACGACAAACGGCGUGCUGGUGAUGCACCCCCGAAACGGCUUCACCCAGGACUCUAAACCCGGCGUCUGGAGGGAGAUCUCGGUCUGCGGAAACGUCUUCACGCUGCGGGAGACUCGCUCAGCACAGCAGCGGGGGAAAAUGGUGAGAAGUUGCAAAACAUGUAGCGCCACAUUCACUCAGCACUGAAAUUCAACUGCUUCCACAGUCGGG